AUGAUUUACCAUGGAUGUAGAUACUUUCAAAGAAAGAAGUCUGGGCAUUAUUGCUUUGCUGUCAUACCUUAUGAUGUGCGGGGUGCCAUGGGUUUUGCUGUCGGCACGAUUGGUGAUCAUAUGAUUCAUAAAGUUAGGAGGAUCGCCCAAUCAAUUGGAAGUCUUGGGGCGCUGCUUUCCUUUUAUUGUUUGAUAUUGUCCCUAAAAUAUGCAGGAAGAAGUUGGAAUAUUAUUUGGGAUAUUGCGGCUUCUUUAUAUUUUAGUUUGACAUUAAUCUUGUUGGCUUGGGCUGGUGGGAAUACUGAAAAUACAGAGUUUUGUAAUGGAUUUCAAAUAAUUUCUCCUAAAGUUGGUGAUGAAUUUCUAAAGAAUGACAAAAUUGAAGUAGUUUUGACAAAAGGGAUCUCGAUAAUUGAAGAAGUAAAUAACAUUGACUUAUAUAAUAGUACAUCUGGAAAAUUUGUUAAGUCAUUAUGGAAAGGUACUCAAAGUUUCGGUGAUGAUGGGAAGGCUUCGGUCAACGUAAAACUUGCAGUCCCUAAGCACACUGAAUUACCUGGUGAAUUUAUUUUGAAAAGUUGGGGCACAACUUUAGAAGGCCCGUCUUGUUUUACAAUUAGUGGAAAUUUUACUAUAGAUCCUAGACUUUGUUAG